GAAAUUCCUCCAGAAUAAGAAAGGGAGGUGCUCCUUACGGCAGAACAAGUCGGGUCCUCGCUAUCCACCCAAAGAUUUUUGUAAGUGUUUAGUGUUCAAUAAUUUUGUGUUUGUAGGACGAUGAUGAUGAUGUUUAGGUGUGCAGAGGCUAAUGUUUUGACGAAUGACCUUCUAUCAGUCUACAGGCUUAGGCUUGCAUGGACCAGCCCACAAACAUAAUAUUUUACCAGUCAUUUAAUUGGGAAUGUUGAUGUGUGAUGUGUGUGUCUCUUAGUGUUCUGGUUUCACUAGUAAGUACAUGCUAUGCUACAAACAUGACUCUCAUGUUGCUGAUGCUGUGUUCAGGCACAUCUGUACUCUGAUAUCGGAUGAUUUGGGAGCCUCUGUUCCUUUUUCAAUGAGGUCAAUGUUACUGGGAGGUCUAAUGUGUCAGCUGAGACUCUGUAGUUAGUGAAGGUUCUAUAUUGCUCUGCAUUUCUUUGUCUUGUCAGAAUAGGCAGAAAUUUACAAAGCUUGACAUAUUGUAGCAUCUAGGUAUAUAUAUUUUAGGUGCUUGACAUAUUUUAGUGUCUGUUCAAGCAUGUGUCCGCAGUGAUGCCCAGCAAAUUUCCAUUUUCUCAGGAGACUUGGUCAUUUUGCUGUGUUCCUCACCAUGCCAGCAUCCAACCAGGGCUGGCCAGAGGAGUUUGGCUUUCAGAUAGGGGGGAAUGGGCCCAGCUACAUCCUGACUAUGGAGGAGGGAAGCAGUGCUCAUCUGUCUGGACUGCAACCUGGAGACCAGGUCUUGGAGAUUGAGGGGCAGAAUGUUUCCAGUCUUAGUGCUCAAGAGGUCAUCGCCCUUGCCCAAUCACAACGAAACAUCCCGCCCAGUAUUGGAGUAGUUUCACGCAUCCAGCAGAUGGAUAUCAUUCCAGGCCCUGAUGGUCGCUUUGGUUUCACUAUCGUGGGAGACUGCCCCCUGCUGGUGGAGGAUUGCUCCACCUGCUCCCCAGCGGGUCGUAGUGGUCUCAGAGCUGGAGAUUAUGUCAUGGAGGUGAAUGGGAUCCCAGUGAAGCACCAUGAGAUGGCAGCCGCUUUGAUAAAGGCCUCUCAGGGCCGCACGCUGCGUCUUGGGGUGCUGUGCACGGGCAGUCGUCAGAAACGCAGCAGCAGGAGUCUAGAGGGCUCUCAGAACGACACAGAUGGCAUGCGUCAAGACCGCAAACACAAGGCUCUGGAGUUCAAUAGGAUGGUUGAGGAGAUUUUAAGGAACGAACCAGAGGUGAAAGAGAAACUGUUUGCUGUACUGAAACAGUUUGCUGCGGAGAGAAAAGUGGACUGGCUUGCUUCUGCUCUUCCUGACAUCUUGACAACUGAAGAGCAGCAACAGCUCAUCUCAAACAUCAGGAUCUUCAUUCCCAAGAAGCAUCGGCAGCGCUUUGACGAGGCAGUUUCUCAGAGUCUCCUCAACCGCAUGUGCCGUAGCAAGAGCCUGGGUGAUCCCCAAAACAGGCUCCGCCGAAGCCGAAGUCAAGACCACCACGAGCGUCCUCAAGGCUCAAAACGGGCCAGUUCUGUGCCCAGAGAUACAGGCGAUGACCCGGCCCAACCCGAGCGUGGCCUUAGGAAAAGCACCACCAUGAUUCCCAGCCACUAUGCCACUGGAGCCAACCAGAGAACCAUCCGUGUGUACAGGGGUAAGAAGAGUUUUGGGUUUACUCUGAGAGGUCAUGCUCCAGUGUGUAUCGACUCAGUAAUGCCAGGUAGUCCAGCCGAGGCAUGUGGCCUUAAACCAGGAGACCGCAUAUUGUUCCUCAAUGGCCUAGACAUGAGGAACUGCUCCCAUGAGAAGGUGGUGUCCAUGCUGCAGGGCAGUGGCGCCAUGCCCACUCUAAUGGUGGAAGAGGGCCCUGUAGACUAUCCGCUCUCAGAUUCAGAGCCAGAGGAGACCCCCACCAUCCCCCGCUCGCGUUCCCCGGCCCUCAGCUCCCUGCAGUGGGUAGCUGAGAUCCUGCCUCCCAGCAUCCGUGUGCACGGCCGUACCUUCAGCCAGCAACUUCAACACCUCCUCACCCUACAAGAAAGAUAUACCAUUUGCAAAGCUCUGGAGACCUUCUUCCAGCACAGGAAUGUGGACACACUCAUUGUAGACGUGUUUCCAGUGCUGGACACUCCAGCCAAGCAGCUGAUUUGGCAGUUCAUUUACCAGCUGCUGACCUACGAGGAACAGGAACACUGCAAGAGCAAGAUCGCCCGCUUCCUGGGCUUCAAGAGUGCAGAACCAGAGGUAGGUCCAGAAACCCACAGACGGAGCAGCUCCAUGCGAGUGUCAGGUACCUCUCACAAAAACACUGUGAGAGAGAGAAGCUCAGAUGACUGCAUUAUCGGCACUCACCUGGGAAUGGGAACAUUCACUGACCCUGUGACUCCAGAGGAAAGACAGUGUGGGGAUGGGACUUCCUUCCCAGAGUCCCCAGAUCUCAGCCACAUGUCAGGAGUGUACACGGAGCUUGAGAACGUGUAUCCCGGGAAGAGCAACCAGUCUCUCCAGAGUCACUCCUCACCCAGGGCUGUCGGCAUGGGCCACGCUGAGAACAAUACAUACACUCAGUCUUUCACACACAGUAACACAGGGAACUGUAAGUCAGGCCUCUCUCUUUCAUGGACUGAAUCUUUUCCUGGCCCUCAGUUCGAGCCUUACCAGCAGACUGUUCCUUCUCCAGACAGUGUGGACUCUAAUCCUUAUGUUAGUUUUGACAGCCCCCCAGCCUCCCCCUUGCCUUCUGAUGAGCCCAGUCCUCUGCCCCAGCGCAGGAAGCUGUUUACCUUCUCACGGCCACCUCGCAGCCGAGACACUGACAAGUUCCUGGAUGCUCUGAGCGAGCAGUUGGGCCACAGGGUCAAUAUCGUGGAUGACUUUAAAGGAGGGGAGAAUGACUAUGAGGAGAUGAGUUUCCAGGAUGACCAGGAAGUGAACAUGCUGCCUCAUGAGUUAAGCAGUGCCAGCAGUGAAGACCACAGCAGCAGCGAAGACUCCACCUCAGUCUCCUACUCCUCAGGCUCUGACCACAUCCCUCCUCCCCCACAGAGUCCUCCGCCUCCGCCACCUCCCAUCCAGUUCACCGACCCACCGUCGCCCCUGCCCCUCACCCCAGAGCACUUGCCCCAACCUCCCCCAGCCUUCCAGCACCACCCCAUCAUAGCUCCACCCCCACCUCCACCUCGGUCCUUCCUUACUAACCGCCCCCCGUUGCACAAGGUGCUGCCCACCCGUGAGGAGUUCAGGGCCCAGCACACCCAUCCUCGACGCUCCUCUCCCCAGCCCAGCGCUCAAUCCGUUCUGCAGCUGCACCAACCAAAGGCUCACCCCAUCCUACAGUCAACCCCGCACACCUCCCCUCAACCCCCGCACGCAACCACACAGCACACUCACCUGCGGCAUCCCACCCAGUCAGUCUACCAGAGCAGGCAGACCUCUGCUUCCAGAACCUCCCCUAACCUGACCAAACAAAAGAGCCUCCAUUCCCAACAAAGCUAUGAAGGCACACUCUCAACCAAGGUUCCCCCACCACCACCACCGCCACCUCCUUUACCCCCACCUUGUGGUCCUCCACCUUUGCCCAAAGCCAGCCCGAAAGCCUCUGACAACAACCACAUGAGCGUUAAAAGACUGCGCUGGCAGCAGGUGGAGAACUCUGAAGGAACUAUCUGGGGACAGCUUGGAGAUGAUCCUGACUAUCAUAAACUCAGUGACAUGGUCAAGUACCUGGAUCUGGAUCUGUACUUCGGCACACAGAGGAAUUCCAUCUCUCUUCCAGAGCCCACUUUCCUGCCCGAGAACUUUAAAAAGAAAGACGUGGUUGAGAUUCUCUCCCAUAAAAAGGCCUACAAUGCUUCUAUCCUCAUAGCGCAUCUGAAGCUGUCCCCGAAGGAACUGCGAGAAAUUCUCAUGACCAUGAGCACCGAGCGUCUGGAACCCGCACACAUUAAACAACUGUUGCUUUACGCUCCCGAUGACGAGGAGGUAAAACGGUUUCAGCAUUAUGACCAGGACCCUGCCAAGCUCAGCGAGCCCGACAAGUUUGUCCUACAGAUGCUACUAGUUCCUGAGUAUAAAACCAGAUUGAGGAGUCUUCUUUUUAAGACCACCGUGCAGGAGAAAACAGAAGAAAUGAGAGGCGCAUAUGAAUGCAUAUACAAAGCCUCAUUAGAGCUUAAAAACAGCAAGAGGUUGGCCAAGAUCCUGGAGUUUGUUUUAGCAAUGGGAAAUUAUCUGAACAAUGGUCAACCCAAGACGAAUAAAACAACAGGAUUCAAAAUUAAUUUUCUUACUGAGCUGAACACAACAAAAACUGUCGAUGGAAAGUCAACUUUCCUCCAUAUUCUUGCCAAAUCAUUAUGCCAACACUUCCCAGAACUCCUCAACUUCGCCAGGGACCUCAUAACAGUGCCACUAGCUGCCAAAGUCAAUCAAAGGACCAUUACUGCUGAGCUCAGUGACCUUCACUCUACCAUCCAGGAAAUAAGAACCGCCUGUGUGAAAAUCCCAGCUACUGCAGAGGAUCGCUUCGCAUCGGUUUUGAGUAGCUUUCUGGAAAACUGUCAUCCAGCUGUGCAGUCCCUAGACUCCUUGCAGCAAAGAGCAAUGGAUGAGUUUCAUAAAGUGGCCUCGUAUUUUGGAGAAGACAGUAAAGCCACGACCACAGAAACCUUCUUUGGCAUCUUUGCUGAAUUUAUCUCCAAAUUUGAGAGAGCACUGAGUGAGACGCAAGGAACAGAAAACCCCAGAAGCCCCCGAAUAGCUUCGCCGCUGGCAUGGUGAAACCAACAGCAUCUGCUGUUUCGAACCCAGAAUGCCCAUGUGCCAAUAAAAACAGGGAACUUGAUAGCGUGAAAGGAAACAAACCUUACUUUAAAUGUCUUGGAUGAAUUAAAAAUAUCUUUAG